CAUUGUGAUUCGCUUCUUUAUGGUCUACCUGAUUAUCUUAUUCAGAGACUACAAUAUGUUAUGAACGCAGCGGCAAAAGUGAUCCCUUGCAAGCAAAAGCUUGAUCAUGUCACACCACUACUUAUUGAGCUACACUGGCUCCCCGUCCAUCAGCGUAUUAUUUUUAUGAUUUUACCGUACACCUUCAAGGCACUCCAUGGUGUGGCUCCAACGUACUUGACUGAGCUCAUCAGUCCUUAUGUUCCUAGGUGAGUUCUCAGGUCUGCUGACCAACUUCUAUUGGAGCAACCAACACACAAGCUCAAAUUGACUGGCCUGAGGGCUUUCUCAGUGUGCACGCCUGGAACUCGGUUCAAUUUGAGAUUAAAAGCAGUGUAUCUGUCUCUAUUUUUAAAGCUAAGCUUAAGACCUAUCUUUUUCGACAAGGAUAUUUUUAGACUUUAA